UAGGUCAAAAUCAAUGCUAUGUUCGGCAAGGCUCUGCAGAUGGCCAGCAAACACCAAAGCAAGAAAUGAGUUUCAAAUAAGUAACUCACCACUUGCUUCGCAGAAAUUCCCCACUUGCUUCCAAACUGUCAAAACCUCAAAGUGGUAGUUAUUAUAGAGACGGCCAUUUUCUUUCGCGUUGCCUUUGCCAAUCAGUCAUCUUCAUUGUCAUUGUUGGUGGUGCAUUUUUUCACAGCGGAUGUGUCAAUGAUAACGAAUUAAAGUUUUUGGGAACAGUUGUGUCAAAUUUAAUUCGAUCAAAGUUAGCUUUUCCUUUGAGAUUUGAUUGAUUGAUCCAUAACUAUGGAAGAACAACUCACUGGAACGGACACAAUAGUGAACGAUGCAGUGUUGGAACAAGAAAGUACUGGUUCGUCCGACCCAGUUUUAUCUUCGAUCGAUGUUCCGUCUGCUCCGGUUGCUGUACCGCCUGCUGCACCUUCCGGUCCAGUGCGAAUCCGUGCCAAACAAUGUAGUGUCAGGGGAUGCACAGGUAAUAGUUUACGCAAUCCGGAACUCCUUUUUGUCGGCGUUCCGACCCAUGGAUAUCCGGAAAGGCGAUUUGUUUGGCUGACCCUCAUGCAAUCGUUCAGGGACACCAAGCGGAGCUAUUGUUGCUCGCGGCACUUCACGGUACCAGAUGAUUUCAAGGACUUUGACGAAUUUAUAUCGGCUCCUCCUGGAUACAAACGUCAAUUGAUGGUUAAAAAGGGAGUGGUCCCACAUCUCAACAUGCCCCCACCAAAUUUGGCAGCCUUGCCACCGUUAACGAAUCGUUGGCCAAUGACGCUCCCAGACAGCAUGUUAAAAAGGGCCGGGCCACAAGAUAUGCCUCUUGUCAAUAUGCAUCACCCAAUGGUGACCCCACAAGCGUCCAGAAGUUAUGUACCACGUUCGAGCAAAUCUGUUCAAACGGACCCCCCACUUAUUGCGACUCGACCUCGGAAGGUACAACCUAGUUUACAGUACUGUAGAUUGUGCUUCAAGCGGCAAGAUUUGGAACCGAUUUUUACUGGUGAUAAAACUCUCAUUGAGCCUGAUUUAGUAGAAAAAAUUUAUAUAUGCACGGAAAUUAAGAUAACGGUUGAAAAUGAUUUUCCUUCCUCUAUAUGCACCCUUUGCUACAACAAUGUAGAAGAAUUCACGAAAUUCCGGCAGCUGGUACAGAAGAAUGAUCAAUCGCUGCGUGUAACGCUAGGGUCAGAAAUAACCAUGCUUCCUAUGUUAACAACAGCCUCUACCAUACAAAGUAGCUCUGUUAGAACUAAGGUAACUUUGACGAUCCCAAAACAAACUAUGGCUAUUCCGAGAACUACAUCUCAUACCAUGGGAAUUAAGGGUCCAGGGAUAUAUCCUAAUCCAGCAUUCAGAAGGACUUCAUUGUUCCCAACGCCGAUUGCUCGUUCUUUGCCAUCAUCGACGUCAACCAUCCAAAGCCGAAAUGAAGUGCCAGAUUUGCUUGAAGUACGCCGCAUUGAAGACUUGCGGACUUACGAACGACGGCAACUGACAAUUGAACGAAAUCAGCCUGUACGAAAUCAACGUAUGCAGGACUCUUUGUAUCCCAUUCCUUAUAGAAAGCUACCAACAGAAGUGGGGAAAACAUCACAAAACAAUCCGUUGACUAGGGUGACCCAGACUGUUAACAGCACUUCACCAGCUGAUGUAGAUCCAUUCGAAAAUGCAGAACUUCAAGCAAGCAGUGAUAGUGAAGCAAGGGAUAUAUUCGUGGGUGAUCGAAUCGUUCCGGUAACAUUGAUUCGGGUGCAACAACAUCAGAAUACAGAGCAACCAGAGGUUAAAGAAGAAGAGACAACACCUCUAGAAAUGCCAAUAGAAGCAGAAAAGCCAACAGUGGAAGAAACAAACGUUUUGCAUGCAGUCAAACUUGUUCCUUCAUCGGUUGCGCAAGAAGUAAGCAAAAGAAGAAAUUCAGUAACUGGUCCUUGUCGCUUUUCAAGGUCACUUACUGCUUCUAGUAGAAGCAUAGAAGAACCACGUGGCCCAACGUGGAUUCGGAAAGAAAAGAAAAAAGAAGGCCCUAAGAAGCCAUACUACAUGCCGGGUAACUUGGUACCAAAACUUUCGAGGGCUAUUAAAUUUCCAGGCACUUUGACAACUUUAUUCAGUGGGAACUCUAAAAAGGCUAUAGAAUCUGUACAAAAGACCAACAUAUCGGAACAAAUUAAACCUCUAGGAUCAUGUCCCCUACCCCCGGAAUCCCCUGAAAGUUCGAUAUAUGAUAAACCCAGCACUCCGCCAUCGCAAUUUAAAAACAAAUCAAUAGGCACAUUAGCGAAACCGACAGUUGAUCAAACUCAAUCCGUGGAAAUUGAAAAAGGAUCUUCAAAAAUAGCACAACCUAAUGAGUCAAAAUCCACAGAAACGAAGUUGGCUGUCUCGUCGAUAACUUCUAAACAGCUGCCUUUCAAAGUCCAACUGAGUAAAUCGCAACUGAAGCUUUUAUCCCCAAAAGUGUUGUUGAAACCUGUAGAACCAAAGCUUUUGUCCCCAAAAGUAUUGUUGAAACCGGUGGAGCCAAAACUAAUACCCAAGGUUGUCAUUCCAAAAGAAGUGUCUUCAAAAAUUCUUGAAGGAGUCAAACUUAGAAUUGAGCCUGUAACCACUCCUAAGUCUGAUUCUCAAAAGGAAAAUGAUGUCCCCUCAAGCCCCAUAGCGCUGCGGAAAGCUGAUUCUGCUCCUACAGUAACCAACGCUCUCAGUUCCCCUAGAUCCACUCGGUUGCGAAAGAUUCCAGCCAAAUAUCAGGGUACCGAUGCGUUUCCAAUGCCAAAAAUUAUAACCAUCAAACAAGAACCGGGUAGUCCUAGUACGGAACAAACGAAUGUCAAACUUUCGCGUCACGAAACAACGUUGGAUAAAUGUGAACCCAAAGCUAAAAAACAUCGCAAAUCGUUGCCCCCUGAGAUUGCAAUUCCUAAGUCGGUCUCUACAACACAUUUGGUUGAAAAUCCGGCAGCCACUAGACUCCUACGCCGAUCCUUACCGGUAUCAGCUCCCUCACUAGAUAAAACGGCGAAAACAAAUUCUUUGAAAAAACCAACCGUUUUGGAGGACCCGAAAUCUACGAAGAUCCAGCCUAAAUUGUAUGCAUCCAAAGCAGAAACUCCACCAAAAAAUAAAAAUUUACUUAGCACUGAUAAAUCAGGCUCCACCAGAAUAGAACCUCUUAAAAAAGGAGUCCAACUACGGACAUCCCCGAAAAGUGCGGUAGCUGUCAUGGUUACCGAUAUAAAGAAAAAGGAAACUUCGACUUCCAAGACCCAUCCAAUCAAAAAAACGCAGCCUGGGCGCCCCGUGUCAGCUACCCGAACCAGAGCCCAGAGUUGGAAAUGUCCCUUCUGUCCGACUAAAGUUUACGACGCGAAGAACGGUUUGGUCAAGCAUCUCGGGCGACGACACGGUAUGGAUUACGCAACGGUGCGCCAGAGAUUGGCAAUCUAUGGUGGCAAUUGGUAGCCAACAUAUUGAUAUUGUUGAAUCAUUUAGACAUUUUUACGAGUCUAAUGUGCGAAUCUAAACCGG